AGAGAAACUCAUAGCAGCCAACAUGGCCAAAAUGCCCAAGAUGGUAGCUGACUGGCGGAGAGAAAAGUAUGAAACCAAGCAGAAGCUAAAGGAGGAGAAAGCCCGCCGUGCAAAGUUACUGUCCGAAGCCAGAGAGCGCUUUGGCUACACGGUGGACCCCCGCAGCAAAAAGUUCUUGGAAAUGGUUGCCGAAAUAGAAAAGGAAGAGAAGAAGAAGAAGAAACUAAUGAAACGCAGACUGAAAGAGAGCCAGGCGGCAGCCCCUGUCACACCUCCUGCUGCCUCCUCGUAGUCUUGGACUGAGUCAUUUGAGACUUAAAUAACUGUUGGGCCUUGGUCUGUCUGUAUUUAAUGAGAUGGAAGGUAUGCUGCAUAACACAGCUCAGUGGAAUGGUUGUUAUAGAGCAUAUAAAGUCCUUGUUUUGUGUUACUGCAUCUGAAAUGACCUGGAAUUGAUUAAACAUUCAUUCAUGUUUUCUUCUGUAAAAAAAAAGUAUCCAUAGUUGUUUGUCAUAUUUAUGUUAAUUUGACCUGUCACAAAAAUAAAUUUCUAUCUGUACAGACUGCA